AUGUCUAGUCCCGCUCCCUUGGAAAAUGGCAUGGGGGAUGAUGCUCGCGGUACCACAUAUUUCUUUUCCAGAAGUAGAUCGAGCGCAUCACUAUGGCAACGAAUACGUCUGUUUGUUUCUAUUUAUUGGAAAUCCCUUAUAGUGAUCUUAACACCAUUAAUAUUGUUACCAAUUCCUAUUUUAAAUGCUGGUUCAGAAUCUGCAAGGGCAUACAAAUGUAUGUAUGUGGUUUUAAUAAUGGCAACAUUUUGGGUCCUGGAAUUACUGCCAUUGCCUGUAACAUCAAUGCUGCCCAUUGUAUUGUUUCCAACAUUGGGCAUCCUCGACUCUGAUAAAACCUGCGCGGCGUAUAUGAAGGAGACGAAUAUGAUGUUCAUGGGUGGACUGAUGAUAGCUGCAGGUGUCCAGCACUCAAAACUACCGAAAAGGGUAGCAUUAUGGACUGUGCAAGUUGUCGGAUGUUCGCAUAGAAGAUUGAACUUUGGUCUUACAUUUGUGACCAUGUUCAUAUCAAUGUGGGUUUCAAAUGCUGCUGCUACGACUAUGAUGGUGCCGAUUGUUGAGGCCAUACUUGAGGUUUUGGAACAGCAAGGGCUAGGAGAUGUUUACGUUAACAGAAAGAGGAAUGCUCUGCCUGAUAAUGGGAAAGACGUUAAACCGGCGCAUAAUAAAAACACGGAGGAUGAACCACCACUCCCAAGCGAUAUCACCAUCUGUUACUACCUGAGUAUCGCCUAUGCCUCUACCCUCGGUGGUUGCGGUACUCUAGUGGGCACCGCCACUAAUUCCGCGUUCAAAGGAAUUUUCGACUCUGAGUUCCCCGAGAUUUCUGGAUCUGUAAACUUCUUCUGGUUUAUGGCGUACAGCACUCCAGCAAUGCUUCUGAUGCAGUUACUCGUCUGGGUUUCACUUCAAGUCACUUUUAUGGGGUUGUUCAGGCCAAACAGUGAGGCAGCUAAGAAUGUGAACAAGGCGUCUUCUGGUUCCUUCACUACAAUGAAAGUGAUUAAAGAUCAAUACAGGAAUCUCGGCCCUGUCACCUUCCACGAAAAGGCUUCUGGUUUCUUAUUCAUCCUGGCAGUGUUCCUCUACAUAUUCCGCAAGCCCGGCUUCAUGCCCGGGUGGGCUGAUGUCAUCACAACAAUGAAGGUAAAAGACGGUGUAACGUCCAUGUUCAUUGUGGUCCUGAUGUUCAUCCUGCCCAUGUCUAUGGACUUUGUCAAGUUUUUCUCAUCGUCUGCUUCAUAUGAAGAACUGGCAGCGUCCAAGCCUUCUUCGGGUGUUGUCACUUGGGGCAUUUUGAAGGAAAAGAUUCCAUGGGGUCUUUUAUUCUUGUUGGGUGGAGGCUUCGCCCUCGCAGAAGGCAGUAAGGCAACAGGUUUAUCCUCAAUGAUUGGCACAUCACUGAACGGUCUACAUGGAAUGCACCCUGCUAUAGUGUUGCUAGUUGUGGUGUUGGUGACGCAGUUUAUCACCGAAUUCACUUCCAAUGUUGCCAUUGCCAAUCUCAUCUUACCCGUGUUGGCUAAUAUGGCGCGAACGUUGGAUAUGGACCCACGCUACCUCAUGGUGCCUGCAGCGUUGGCUUGCUCGAUGGCCUUCCACAUGCCCGUUGGAACUCCACCUAACGCAAUAGUGGCCGGAGUUGCCCACAUACCGACUUCUAAAAUGGCUGUCGGAGGCAUAGGCCCCAAAAUCAUAACCACUCUCAUCAUAUGGGGAGCCUAUCCUACGUGGGGCUCGCUGAUCUUCAAAGCAGAUGACAUCAAAGCCCUGCAAAAUUCUACGACUGUGGCACCCAUUGCCGCCAGCAUGGCACAGAAUCUCACGCUUGCCUGUGAUGUUAUUCCAAACAACCUGGAGCUCUUAACCAACUUUAAUUGCACUUCAAGUAAGAUGCUUGUAUCAGAUGUCAUGAAAGGUGUUUUCACAUGUAAUUAUUCACCGUUCAACAAAAGCUAA